AGCUGUGUUGGCAAAAAUCUCAUUGCAUAACAUUUUAUCUGUGAUAUUUGUUCAGUGCUUUGCUUACUUGCCAACACUGACCUUAUGUUCAUGCUUAACGUCAGGUUCUGUGUGAGCGUGCUGCUGAAAGCACGUCAUCAGCUCUUUUUUUAAUUAUUAUUGAUUAUUUACGUCCUCUUAAGACUGGAAUUGGAAAUGUACAAAUUAUUGGGUCAUUGAAGUUUACUGUCAUGAGCUGGAUAUUGCUGUGAUUUAACAAAAAAAAACUCUUUAAACUCUGUAUGUUCGUCUUGGUUCUCUAGGACUCCUUCAUGUUGGCUGCUAUUUACUGUAUUAAUUAUUUUACUGCACUGCUGAAUUCCCAGAUCUGGUUGGUCAGAAGAUGUUGAUUAAUUCUCUAUAACAGCAGCAUAGGCUGUAAUUCUAAAUUGCAGGUUUAUAUUAAUGCACUUGUCCUAAUACCUUAUCAUUUCUAUUAUAACAGUUCAUUCACAGGGACUCAAAUUUAUAAAUAAGUUGUUAUUUAACAUAAAAAUGUAUAAUCAUUGAUAAGCUGCAGACUUCCAACAUUUUAGGAAGGAUUCUCCAGUGUUAGUGCUUUCUAACAGUUAGAGGUAAGCCUCGUCCUUUAAUUUUUCCACCAUGUGAGAGGCUUAAGAAAAGAUUUUGCAGUUUGCCGAUUCUCAGUAACAUGACAAACUGCUUUUUUUGUCUUAUUAACUGCAAGAGAGAGAAAAUAAAGAGGCUGGUUGAGGCAAGUGCUUACAUGUUCUGCAAACUUUCCACAACAUUAAAUGUAACUAUAAGUGGAUAAAAAGCACAACAUUUUGUGCUAAGCUGCAUCACACCUGUUGUUAAUUGUUUUCCUAACAUCAUGUCCAUAAGUGUUUUACUUCUUACUUAACGUACUGCUGAUGUACUGCUUAUCAACUGUCACUUUGUUUAGUUUUAGUAGUAAUGCUAUCUAUCUAUCUAUCUAUCUAUCUAUCUAUCUAGAACAACUUAUUUACAGACUGGUCAUGGAUUAUGCUUAUUAUGUUAAGAAGCUAUAAAAAAUUAAGCAUGGAAAAGUCACUGAUUUGUUAUUACAUGUUUUGCUUUACAAUCUUUUGUGUUUCUUCAAGUAUGAUGGUGGAGAAUUUAAACAUCGAAGGGAGAAUGACUGAACAAGUACAAGAUGGAAUUUGUUUAGAGGUUUAAGGUACCCUUGGUCAAUGUGAAUGGGCACACUCACACUCACACACACACUCUGAAUCCCUAUCGACUAAACAAGAUAACUGAAGGACGUACAAACCGAUACUAAAAAACCUCUCUAACACACAAUAAAGAGGCGUGGGCCGACAUAAAUGGCUGACAAACAGAUCAGUUUGCCUGCCAAGUUAAUAAAUGGGGGUAUCGCUGGCCUGAUUGGUGUCACCUGUGUGUUUCCCAUUGACUUGGCCAAGACCCGCUUACAGAACCAGCAGAAUGGCUCUCGCCUCUACACCAGCAUUUCAGAUUGCCUUAUCAAAACCAUUCGCUCAGAAGGAUACUUUGGAAUGUACAGAGGUGCCGCUGUGAACUUAACUCUUGUGACUCCGGAGAAAGCCAUAAAGCUGGCUGCCAAUGAUUUCUUUAGGCACCAUCUCUCGAAGGACGGGCAAAAGCUCACACUGUUUAGAGAAAUGCUGGCAGGCUGUGGUGCAGGUACAUGUCAGGUCAUUGUUACAACACCUAUGGAGAUGCUGAAAAUCCAGCUGCAAGAUGCAGGAAGAAUUGCUGCUCAGAGGAAGCUGAUGCCACAAGCCGUGUCUCCUGGUGGCCCUGUGGAGGUGAAGAGCCCGACUGCCAUGCAGAUCACACGAGAGUUGCUAAGAGAAAAAGGCAUUGCUGGACUCUAUAAAGGGCUAGGAGCCACUCUGCUCAGGGAUGUUCCUUUCUCGAUCAUCUACUUUCCUCUGUUUGCUAAUCUGAAUAACCUGGGGAAGAAGGGAGAGGAGGGUCCUGCUCCCUUCUAUGUCUCCUUCAUAUCGGGAUGUAUCGCUGGCAGUACAGCUGCUGUGGCAGUCAACCCUGUAGAUGUCAUAAAAACCAGGCUGCAGUCGCUAACACGUGGCAAUCAGGAGGACACAUACAGCGGAGUGACUGACUGCAUCAGAAAGAUUCUGCGGAACGAAGGUCCCACCGCCUUCCUGAAAGGCGCGUACUGCCGCGCUCUCGUCAUCGCCCCGCUCUUCGGGAUCGCUCAGGUCGUCUACUUCCUGGGCGUUGGUGAAUUUAUCCUCAGCUUUUUACCCAAGCGGAACAAUUAACCAAUCAGUUUUGCUUUCUGCCUUCCCAUCUACACUGCACCAGUUAAGACCUCUUCCCUACCGCCUCCAUCUCAACUACAUGUGAUGCCUGGAGGUGUUUUUAUUUUUGUCUAUUAAUUUUGUUAUUGUGUAAUUUUAUUGGAAUGUAUGUUUCAUUCUGGAUGAAUGUGACAAUCAAAUGGUGAUGAGAGGAGAUUUUUUCAGAAGGAGAGUUUGCCAAAUUCCCUGAGGGGGCCUGUUAGUGCUUAGCUUUAGCACAGGCCUUGAAAUUCUUAAUUCAACAUGCCAUAGUUGGUUAUAUGGUUUAUGGAGAGUCAUAUGAAGUCAUAUGAACUCAAAAUAGUGAUCCUGUUCGGGAUUUUAUAAAGUUAAAAAGUGAUUUUAAUAUUUGGAAAAACGACACUUUAAUGUGUUUUAAGAUCCUUGGGUAGACUAAUUGCUUCCCAAUAUUGUGAUAUGAAUUCUCAUAAGCCUAGAAUGUUUUUCUGGCCUUGAAUGACCUCGAGACAUCAUUUGUGUGUGCGCUUGAAGGUUUUGUGUGUGUGUGUGUGUGUGUGAUGCAAUAGCCAUUUACAGUCUCAGACUGACUUCAGGUCUGAGUAAACACACACACUGAUGCUGAGCUUUGAGUCUGAUGAUAGCAGCAUACACAGUGCAGAUGACUCAUAUCAGCUAGAGCCAUCUCACACUCCAGCUUUUCAUCUGUGGAGAGAUAGUCCAUUACACACUACGUCAUGGAGAGCAGUGCUGUUUGAAUAACCUAAAUGCACACUACGGCUGUGUCAUUAAGAGCUAUAAGUAGCAGUUUCCAGUUUGACUUGUUAGUUGUAAUCCUACUCCGCUUACUCGCUGCCCGCUGGCUAGAAAUAACCCUUGCACUAAAAACCGUCACAGAAAACUGAAUUAUUCUGUCAUGUAUCCUCAGACUUCUUACAUGUUCUGAGAGUAACUUUUCUGCCUCACAGCACCCAGAUCACGGCUGAUUAUGGGUUUGAGAAAAUUUGCUGAGCCAUUUUGCCUAGCAAUUCUUGUGCUAACAUAAAAAAUUCCUCGAAAGCACAACCACUGCAUAUGUCUAAUCACAGAUCCUGCUUGGAUUGGCAGCACACUUGCUCUCAUGAACUGGUAUUUAAAGUCUUAUUACAGUUGCUGCUAGUGGGCUUUUGAGUAAAAGAGAACGCCAGUUAAAAGGCCUUACAUGCUGAGCCGUCCCUUUUUAUAAACGAGUACCAAUCUGUUCUUUGUGGUGUUAGUUAUUGCUAGCGUAAUUAUCUAAAUGAAUCGCAUUUCACGACUUCCACAGUACAGGGAGUGAACGCUGUACUGUGGGAGCUGUAAGUAUAAUCUAGCCUUAUCUUUACAUCCUUUACCCUGCAAACCAGAUCCAAACCAUCAGAUAAUUAUGUGUUAGUACAGACGUGUGAUCCAAAUGUCAACUUAGUGCAGGGAGGCGGAAAUCCUUUGUAGAGAAUAUUUGGAAUUUGGAGAUUCCUCAUCUGCAUUCUGGACAAUUUGCAUGCUGAGAUUUUAGGAUAGUCUUUUUUUUAUCAGUGAGAGAUUGAUGAACUAAUUAAAUUCAUUAAUGUCGUUUUCUUUCUCAUAUCUCAGCCCCCCAACCUUCUCGCAGUCCCCCCUCACACACACACACACACACACCCUCCGCUAUGCAUUGCGUGCACAUGGUGAGUUGUGGCCUCUUAUUGGCUAGCGAGAGAUGAAGGUGACUUUGAAGAGUGAUAGCUAAUCAUAUGAUGUCUUUUCAAUGCUGUGUAGUGAAAGGGCAAAAGCACAUGCUGAGUGAUGUUUCAAAAAUAUUCUGUCUUCUCUGCUGGGAGUGAAAUCAUAUUUAUCAAGAUUCCUUACUAUAUAUAUAAAAAAUACACACACAUAUAUAUAUAUAUUAUAUAUUUGUAUUAGUUGGUUUAUUGUUGCUUGUCUGUAUUAACUGUUUAAUGAAUAUGUGCAGAUUAUAUUUUUGAUUUUGUUUUUGUUGUGUACGUGAUGGCUUAUUUUGCACACUUCCCUUCCCUUCCUCAUGCUUUCUUUUACAUUUUUUUUAAAAUGGCAUUUGAAUCCAGGAGCAUUAGACCUGCCCCAUGUGAAAUUGACAAGGAAGUAACUGCCACAGUUGGUGCGGUUCUCACUGUCCAGAUGAAGUACAAACUUUCCAAACAGAAAGAGUUUUGCUGUUGCUAGAAUUCGGAAGUGCUGAUGAAUACGGGUCAGCAUUCGAAUCUGCGCACAGCAGUUAGUGUGAGCUAAGUACAUAUGCAACGAUGAGCAUUCAUAGUCAGGCUUUAUCCUGACGCUCUCUUGCACAGAGAAAGCCUGUUUUAUGACUGCCAAUCAAAUCCUGACCAAAUCCCUACUCAAAAGACCUAUGCUCCUGAGGCCUGUUGCCAGCCUACCUCUCUGGAGAUUAGCCGAUUAGCAUUAGCAUGCUUUACAGGAAAAAGCCAUCUCUGCGAAGGUCUUUAUUGCAGUGAAUUGGAACUGGGAAGCAGAAAUCGUUUUAUUUGAAUCUGCUUCUGCUCCUGGUUCACUGUGUGCUGGUAUUGAUGAACCCUUUAGACAUGAAUAGUUAUUGUUAUUUAAUACCAUGAUGCAGUUAUUUAUUUACACUACAGUUUUUGGGUCAGACAGUCCAGAGUUUAGACAGCUGCAAAGUUGAGACACCAGAAGAUUGUUUACAUGGUUCUCCUUCUUAUUACACUGUGUCAUCUGUUUCUUUGCAGUCUGUGCUUUACACCUUUUUCUGAACGUGAUCAGUGUUCAGUCUCGCUCUUAAGGCUUUGUGAAUGUGUCUCAGUGACACUCUGACCUUGCUCUCCAUGUUUGCCUUGUGCUUCUUCUUCAUCUUCUUCUUCUUCUCUGUGUUUUUGUUUGUCCUUUUCCUGCACAUUCCAAAUGCUCUUUUGUGAUACUUGAUUCUUUACAUAACUGUGAUUAUUAUUAUUUCUGUUAAUUUGUAUUUAAAUUUUUAAUGUCAUGUGAUUACUGGUGUUUUUAUUCAAGAUUGUAAAAAAGAGAUUUGAAAAAAAAAAAACUCUGUAGUUGUAAUUGUGACAAUGUCUGAAUGUUUUAUCAGUUGUGAACUGAUUGUAAAGUGAAACUUAAUAGUAUAUUCUGUGAGGUUGUGUAUGGCAGGUGUGGUGUGUAUGUUUACGUGUGUGUGUAUGUGACUGUCACUUAUUGUGAUGUUAAAUUUUAUAUUUUUCCCUUACUUUCCCACACUGACUCUCCAAUCUGUCCUACCUUCCCUUUGUCCUGGAUGGAGAGGUAUGGGAGAUUGAGGUCUAAACACCAAAAAUGUUUAUUUAUAAUCACAAAGAAGCAAAAAGCACAAAGAAUGAUCAGGCACAAGCUCUACACUUGCGGCCACACGCACAAACACACACACGCACACACACACACACACACACACACACACAUAGGUAACUUCUUGUUAAAGUAUAGUCCAGGAGUUCUCAGCUGUACAUUAGAGUUAAGAACCUCUGAUAUAGUCCAUAUAAUGUUUAAUGAAUACCUAAAUUACUGUAGUGUGAUAUAAAUUAGAUCAAAUUUGUGCUUUUUUUAAAAAUAGUCGCACAAUUGUAUAGUCUAUAAAUGAUGUAUUGCGGUCCAUAAUGUAUUUUAAACCUUAUAACAAAACAGAGAAUAUACCUUUAAAUAUUAUGACCAAUGUUGGAGAUUCUCCUUUAGUAGUUUAGAUGUCAGUUAUCUAAGAUUUGAAUACAUAUGAUGUGAGUGUGAGUGAUAUGGAUAGACUAUAUAAUAACCAGCUUACUUAUAUGCAAUAAAAGGAGACACUACAAACAGGAGGAGUAACCUGUCAGAUAUCUGCAGCUUUACUCUGUAAUGCAGCUUUUGCUGAUUCCGUUAAAGGCUGUAGAAACAGCACAUCUAACUCCUAACACCUUGUUUUCUUCCUCCAAGAGGAAUAGUGCAAUGAAACACUUGGAAACACACACACUGACAGCCCUCUUUCUGCACUCUAUGCGGAGAUUGAUUUCAAUGCAAUGAAUAUAAAAUACAUAAAUCUUCACUGUUUUCCAUGCAAAACAUGGAGAGACAAAGUGUUGCAUUCCUGUGUCAGAGAUGGUUGUUCAAUAAAAUGGGUUUUGUCAUGA